AGGCGCCCGGUACUAAACCGUUUGUUUUUUCUCUUCCUCGAUUAACUCGAGCGCUUGGCCGCUGCUGGUUAAACUCUCGAACUACUUCGGCAACCCGUUAUAACGGUCGACAUGGCGACCGAGCAAAUAAUCAAGAAUUUUCUAAACAAAAGAUGAAGAUAGCCGAGACAGAGUAAGAAAGCGUGUGUUUCAGGUUUCACACCAUGUGAUGAUCACCCGGGACGUGUGAAUUUAUUUAAGAACUCCUGUGUUCAGAAGAUUUUUUGAUUCCAGUGGAAUCUUUCUUUUUUUUCCCCAUCUAUUAUUCCCUUUUUGUUAAAUGACACACCUGAUCACACAUACACCUGCACGCACACCCAAGAGAUACCCCCCCACCCUUGUUUACAUGUAGAGCAACCUUGCUACGAUGCCUGUACAAGCUCCACAAUGGACAGAGUUUUUACUGUGCCCCAUAUGCACCCAGACGUUCGAGGAAACGGUGCGCCGGCCCAUCAGUUUGGGUUGUGGCCACACCGUUUGCAAGAUGUGCCUCAACAAGCUGCACCGCAAAGCUUGUCCCUUUGACCAGACGGCCAUCAACACUGACAUCGAGCAGCUGCCUGUCAACUCUGCCCUGCUACAGCUGGUUGGUGGUCAGGUGCCCAAACAGCAACCUGUGGCGUUCAUUACAUGUCCAGAGGACACCAAGCAUUAUGAUGAGGCACGGCAGUGUGUUGAGGAGCUGGCCCUCUACCUCAAACCCCUCAGCAAUGCACGAGGAGUGGGGUUGAAUAAUGCUGCUCAGAGCAUGCUCAGCCGCCCUAUGCAGAGGAAGCUGGUGACUCUGGUGCACUGUCAGCUGGUGGAAGAGGAAGGACGGGUCAGGGCCAUGCGGGCGGCCCGUUCUCUGGGUGAAAGAACUGUUACUGAGCUCAUUCUGCAACACCAAAACCCCCAGCAGCUCUCCUCCAACCUAUGGGCUGCUGUCAGAGCCAGAGGCUGCCAGUUCCUGGGCCCCGCCAUGCAGGAGGAGGCACUAAAGCUGGUGCUGUUGGCUUUGGAAGACGGAUCCGCUCUUUCCAGGAAGGUUCUGGUCCUCUUUGUGGUCCAGAGACUGGAACCAAGAUUUCCUCAGGCCUCCAAAACCAGUAUUGGACAUGUAGUUCAGCUGCUCUACCGUGCCUCCUGCUUCAAGGUGACUAAGCGAGAUGAGGAUUCAUCGCUAAUGCAGUUGAAAGAGGAAUUCCGCACGUAUGAGGCACUUCGGCGAGAACACGACUCUCAGAUUGUUCAAAUCGCAAUGGAGGGAGGGCUGCGCAUCGCGCCCGAUCAGUGGUCUUCUCUGCUGUAUGGAGACCAGUCUCAUAAGUCUCACAUGCAGUCCAUCAUUGACAAGCUGCAGACCCCAGCAUCAUUUGCUCAGAGUGUGCAGGAGCUGACCAUCGCACUGCAGAGGACGGGUGACCCUGCCAAUCUCAACCGGCUGAGACCUCACCUCGAGUUACUCGCUAACAUCGACCCCAGUCCAGAUGCUCCUCCUCCUACCUGGGAGCAGCUGGAGAAGGGGCUUGUGGCGGUAAAGACGGUGGUGCACGGCCUAGUGGACUUCAUCCAGAACCACAGCAAAAAGGGUGCCGACACGCAGCAAACUCCACAGCACAGCAAAUACAAGACGUACAUGUGCAGAGACAUGAAACAGAAAGGAGGCUGUCCCAGAGGAGCUAGCUGCACCUUCGCCCAUUCUCAGGAGGAGCUGGAAAAGUACCGUAAAAUGAACAAACGCCUUGCUGCACGAGUGCCCUGCACCCCUGGCCUGCUGUCUGAGGAGAUGGUCCUGCUGGAUCCUGGGCGAAAGGCCUCUACACUUACCAAUGGGGCCCCUCUUCCCCAGCUCAUCCCCAGAGGCACAGACCCCUCCACAUAUGACCUCUUACUCAAGCCCAAGAUGGAUGCCACUAGCCUGAGCGCUCCUGGGUCACCACCUGACACUUUGGAUAAAUCUAGCUUGGCCCUGACUCCCUACCCUGUGCCUCACCCCAGGGCGGAGCACUUACCCAUGCCCAAGCAGGUGCCAGUCAUGGCCAGAGGUGUGCCACAGAUGUAUUCACAACAGCAGCACGAGCUCUUCUAUCCAGAACCCGGCAGACCACCUCCCUCAGGAUCUCAGUAUGAUGCUCAGUACCCAACAGGCAACCCCUACCCAUACCAACCUCCACAGUAUGUCCCUCCCCGCUAUAUCCGUAAUCCACCUCCCCCUGGUGACUCUGCAGUGCCACCUUACCCAGAGCCCUACCCAGGUUACGUCCCAGAUCGCCAAUAUCCAAGCCACCACUCUGGUCCCCCUUUCUCAGCCCACACAUAUGCACCAGCUUCCCAUUAUAGUCGCAGACAUGGACACUAUCAUGUACCCCCACCUCAGUUUGCCCCGCCCAGAGACGACUUGGUCAGGAUGAGCCCGGUUCCUCUGGAUGUUCCACCGGCCGCUAUGCCUCCACCUCCAGCAGGGGCUGCAGGCUCUCUGUACCACCCCCAGGAAGCAUCAUCCAGAGACAGAUACCCACAGGACGGGUACUAUCCUCCUGGACCGCACCCCAGCCAAAUGAGGUCCCACAUAGGACAGGACCCGUAUAGCCGCUCUCAGCCCAGUCUGGAUGACUUGCAUCGCAGGCGCAAAGAGCUGCUUGUCCAGCUAGAGGAGAGAAAAGUCAUCUCUCCUCCCCCCUUUGCUGCCUCCCCGACUCUCUCUACACACCCGUUCCCCAACGACUACCCUCGGGAGUAUUUGGAGGACGGCUCUAAAGCCUUUGGAAGUCGGGAGCCGGACUACGCUGGGCAGUACUCCCCCUGGUCAUGUGACACCAUAGGAUCAUACAUUGGCUCCAAGGAUGCUAAACCAAAAGAUGUCAGUAGAGCUGUGGAGAUGAUGAAUGCAGAGGGGAAAGUUCUCCGUGAACCACCACUGGACACCCAGCGGCGCUCUGCAGAAGCCAAAGACGACGAUCCCAUCAUUCCCUUUGGUCCUCUGCCCACAGUGUCUCCUUUUGGGGCCAUUUCACGUACCUCUAAAACGGGUUACCAGACCACUGGGCCUGUACAGGCCAUAGCAUCCUCACAGGCCUCGGUCUCCAAACACAUGACCAUGACAGCAGACUAUCAAUAUGGAAACCACAGUGGAUGGGGAGGAGCGUCGUACCCUCAGCACCAGAGCAUUAACUCUCAGGGACACUUCAGUGAGCGUCUGCCAGUGUCUGCCCCUGACCGCGAGCAGCUGAAGAUUGAGCUCCAGCAAGUCAACCAACAGAUCAGUCAGCAGACCCGCAGCAUGGAGGCGUGUGCGCUGGCAUCUCAGCCUGCGGCUGGAGUGAAGUGGUCUUCAGGUGGCACUGUGUCUAGUGAGCAGCUCAGCCUGGAGCUUGAUCACGUAGAGCUGGAGAUCAAAAAGAGAACCCGUGAAAUUGCCAUGGAGAGCCAGGUGGCCCAUGAAUACAAGCUGAAGGCCACUGAGAAUGGGCAGAGUGACCAUAAAGCCCAGCUGGAGGAACUCUCUUUAGCAUUGGGUGAGGUGUCUAAUGGAUCCAGUGGCAUGAAGCCAGCCAGUAGUAUGGGUGGAUCUAUGCUCUCGCUGACCAAUAAGACAUCAUCUCUCACCCUCUGCUCUGCUGACCAAGCAGCGAGUAGCUCAGACCUUCAAAAGAAUGGUGUUGUUCACUCUUGCUCUUAAGAGUACAGACACACACACACAGAGACAACCUCUCCAGAGGUCGAUAUUCCUUCUCAGAGGGCUUUUAAAUUAAUCUCUUGACUAAUUCGAACCAGUUUCAAGAGACACACGAUGUGUUUUUAAUAUUCAGACGGAGCUGAUAUGAGGGACACACAUUCACACACACACACACACACACACACACACACACACACACACACACACACACACCUGCAUGCUGCUACAUGCAUGCACCGACACAAACUUCUGUUUUAUUUAGAAAAAUGAGCAGUAUCUGCCGUGAUAUAAAUUUUCUUUCUUUUUGUUCUGUGAAUGAGCUUUUUGUUUUAAUGACUUUUCAUCGCCUGGAAACCAGGGCAUCUGAAUAAUGCUUACUUUGUUUUUUCCCCUCUAUAUCAAGAAAGAACAGUCAACCAAAAGCUAGCACAGACAGGACGACCCAAACUAGUGGAAUCAAAACGAGAAUAGAGCGCACUUUUUUUUUUUUUUAGCAUUGGGGCUAGUUGCUGAUUGUGCGGUCAGGGCUCUGUGGAAAUGGUCGACUCCCUGGAUCUCUGCAGCCUUGAAUAUGAUCUGACUCACCAGGUUUUGAAGUAGCAUGGAGAACCUUUUAUGAAUCCAUUUUUAUGGACUGUUAACACAGGUCUCCCCACAUGACACACGAUCGUGGCAGUGUAUCGCUGUAAAGCAGUUCAGUUGGGCUCUGGAUGACACAAGGGGAAGAGAUAAUCAGUUGUCCGGUUUGGUUUAAUUUAUGGUUUGGCUAUAUAACCGUUAAGGAAUUUGUAAAUGUGUGGUGACACGUGUCUAAAGCAUUCUGUUUUAUAGAAUGCAAACGAUGUUUUGAAAAAUGAGCACUUUUUUUUUCUCCAUGUUUUCCAUGAGUGUGUGCUUUUUAGUAGAAGAGGUGCAACACUUCCCUUGUGUUCUUCAGAGCUCUGUGGUUGGGAUAAGUUUUGUUGCUCCCAGCGCCACAGUCAUUUCAUAAGAUUACAGCCUAUUAGGAAAUUAUUUCAUCAUUUUUCCCUAACUUCUGUGAAGUUGCAUAUUUGUCUCUCCUGGUCGAGUUUGCAUAUUCGAGUCUCGCCACUAAACCGCUGCGUAGAAGUACACCAGGGCAGUAGUUAGACAACGCCAGGUCCCAUAGCGCUAAAUGACCGCGUUACAGUUUUGACUGGAAAAAACAAACAAACAAACAAACAAAAAAUUGUUAAAGGGAUAAUUCAACCAAAAAGGCAAAUUCUGUUAUAAUUCAGUUACCUUCAAGUUGUUCAAAAUCAAUAUUUUUAAGGAAAAAUAUUGUUUUAUGGACACAAACUGUUGGAACAUUCUUCAGGAUGUCUUUUGUGGUCCACAGAAGAAAGCAAGUUGUGAUGGUGUGGAACGACUUGAAGGGAAAUAAAUGAUGGCAUAAUUCUUUUUGGGGGGUGGGGGGUGAACUGUCGCUUUAAAUAAAAAUCCAGACAGAUGAUCAUUAUAGAUGAGCUUUUUAAUGUCUUAGGUUUCCUCCGUAUAAACUCAAAAUUAGUUUGGAACCAGUUCUUCAGAAAUGAUUAUGAAUUUCUGCAGAAACGCGACUCAUGAAUCGAGGCCUGUUGAGUUUAUCCUCCAUCAGCCUGCUUUGACUUAAAUGUUUUUUCACAACAUACUCAAUGACUGUUUCCAAUUGAGGCCCCAUAAAUGAAGAGAACAAGAUUAUUUGAAGUCUGAAGUCUUCCUAUAGUGAUGACAUUCUUCACGUGUGACAUUUUGUUCUAGUCUCUUGAGACCAACUAUGAUAUACAGCUCCAAUUUUGGGUGCAACCUCUUAACGUGUAAACUUUUGUGGGUUUUGUGUUAUAGCCGUGGUGAUAUAGUUGAUUUCUCUUAUUACAAUGACUUGUAAUCACGGUCAUUAUUUGAUGUUCUUGCUUGUCAAAGAGCAAACGCAGCCUUUUCAAGCAGUUGCCGAGAUUGAAAUCGAGCUGUGCCGACAUGCAGAGAUGAUGUCAACCUUACUAACAUGUGAUGUCCAUCGCACUCACUGGGAAAAUUCUCCAUGCUAAAUUGUUACCUCCUCCCUCUCCUCGACGUAGAAAUUGAUUUCUCGUAGUGUUUUUAUUUCAUGCUGUUGAUGAAGGUCCCAUGAACUAGUUAAGGCUUUGCCUAAUAUGAGAUGUGCUGUGUAGCUCAUGUUUUAGCUGAGCUUCUUGCUUCCCUUCUGGUGGAUCUGGCCUCUGAUUGGAUUUAGAGCUUUCCACAUUCUUCUGUGGUUCAAGGCUGCUUUGUAGCCCAAGAAUUAAAGUGAAAUUCAUAAAAAGAUGUCCAGGUCACAUUUCAGCAAGUAAUAUAAAGGAAAAAAUGUAUAGGGCCGAUGAUGUUAAAGCAUAUCUUUCUCCCCCAAAUGUUCAUGAAUUCCUAUCUCAUUAUCAUAACUUCAAUAUAUUAUAUAGUAUGCUUUACACACAAAAAAAGUGAUUUUUAGUUAAAUCUGUGUAAAUGUUAUACAUCAACUACUAGACUUACUAGCAUUUAUUAAUUGUGUAUUUUUUUUGUAUUCAUUUACACUGACAAAAAAGGAACUAUACUUUUUUUCAAGAAAAUGUCAAUGCAAUAUAAAUACUACUAUGAUAUUUUUAUGAAACUUGUGUGAUUUUAUCCCAUAAUAAAUAUGACCUGGGCAUGUUCUUUCUAGAUAUUUCUCAGUUCUGUGCCACUUCACUCAUCCAAUUAGCAAUUAUGCUCAGUGAUCAACUUUCAAUAUUAGGUAAACAUUUUUCUAAAUUGAGGAACAUCACACCAGGAGGAUAUAAUGUGCUUAGUGAAUUCCCUUUUAUAUUCAAAUGGGAGGAAAACGAUUGCAAACCCGUUCAAUUUGAGCAGGAUACGUUUCGAUCCAGUGGCUUAUCUUGACGUCUCAUCGAUUGAGGUGUGUGAACAUGGCUAUGCAUAAGGCUUUCAUACGAUUUCUGCUCAGGAGUCUGAAAAAGAGAAUUUUUUCCUCCUCCCUGCAGUUAUUUUCAUGAGUUAACAUGCUCACGCCAACGCUAACAUCGGAUUUUCUUUGGCUAUGGUUAGGUGCAAGCGGUAGCAUGACGAGCGUUCUGUUUCGCAUUGCUAAUUGUUGAUACAACAGGCAAACGUUUAGCCAGCGUUCGGUGUGCUGAGAUUUUUUUUUGUUUGGCUUUCACACAGUGCCCAAAGCUGUAUUAACGUAAGCAUUCUCGAGGGAUGCUGCUUUUAUUUGAAUCUUUGGGUUGUAUGGGAAUGUGCUAUCUUGUAUUUAAUAUUUGGCACUUGCUUGGGUGCUGUAGAAGGUUUUUUUUUUUUUUUUUUUUUUUUUUUUUUUUUUUGUAAUGAUCAGUGAUCUCACUGAGCUAAUUACUUCUGCGUGGAUAUUUUUCGUUUGUUUUACAAAUUAGUGUCAACCAUCCACACAUAGCGACUUAUGGGAAACGACUCAGUAAGGUUCAUUUACAGUUUUGUGCAUGAGGGUAUUUUUCCUCAAGUGAGAAAUUGCAGGAUAAUGUGAUUUUCUUUGUUCCUGAUGGAUGAUAUUCAUAGCUCUGACUGGAUUGUGUCUGUUUUGAGCAGACCUGUUGAAUUCAUUUAAAUGAAAUGCAAAUUAACUAAUUUUGAACCUUAUUACACCGUUAUGACUGUCUUUUUUUGUCGUUUUGUUUUAUUCCUAACUUUUUGGGAAAUGUAAUAGCUUUUUUAUGAUUACUUCCAAGUUGUCUUGUAAAAUCUCUUAAAUUAAGGUACAGGCUCAAUUUCAACAAGGAAAGGUUUUAUAUAUAAAUAUAUAUUAUACUCCAUUAAGGAAUGUUUAGAACCAUCUUACUCCAAUGUGGAUGUAGCCAUUAUUAUGCCAUUUUAUGACUUUGUAAAAGAAUUCACUGUGUGAAAAUUGGUUUGCAUUUUUGUAUAAUACAAUCUGCUUUUUUGUUUGUUUAAAAGGAGAGAGGGAGGUGAAACUGGAUGUUAGAGAGCAAGAUUAAAAAAAUAAUAAUUUAACAGAAACCUGUGAUAUUGAGAAGAAAAUGUAACUUGUGUACAACAAUGAUUCGAAAUGAGAGGGAUGGAAUAAACAAUAUUGGUAACACUGCUAUAAA